AUGGAAAGCAGUGUAAAUUGCGAAGCUCGGGAGGUUGGCGAGUGCGAUUCAGGAUGUUCGCCACACGAAUAUUCAUUCAAUGGUUUUGUUGUAAUUCCCGAGCGUCAGAAAUUUUUCGAUCAAAUAAAAAUUGGUCUUCAUGAACGUCAGUUUGUCUUUGUCCAGGGUGCGAUGGGUUGUGGCAAAACUUCAUCGAUUCGUUUAAUAGCUGAUGAUCUUAAUAUGCAAGUAUACAUUAUUCAAAUGAGCGAUCAGAUCGAUUCGAAAAGCCUAUUUGGUUCAUUUCAUUGUCUCGAUGUUCCCGGCGAUAUUCUAUGGAAAGCGAGCAAUUUCACGAACGCGAUUCGCAAAAGAGGUAUAAUAUUAAUAAAAGAUAUAGACUGUGCUUCAGCUGAUUUAAUAUCAACGUUAAUUGAUUUUUGCGAAAAUCGAAAGCAGUUUUUAACGACGGGUGAAAUAAUACAUAUGCAUGAUGAAGCGUUUAUUGUUGCAACAAUGAGAUUGCCGAAAGAAGAUCCUGCAAUCAUUUCUGUGGAUAAUGAAGCUUUAAUCUCUUCAUUGUCUUUUCGUGUUGUAUUACCUGCUUACACGGAUUUUGAAUUAAUAAAGAUUAUUAAAGUUAAGUAUCGACGUAUUGCCAAUUAUGCUCAAAAAAUCGUUGAAAUUUUUAAUGAAGUAGCAAAUGCGAAGAUCAUCACUAACCGAAGAGUUUCAAGAAAGCUCACUAUAAAUGAUCUUAUGCGCGCUUGCAACCGUUUGAACAAUCUCGAGUCAAUGUUAGAUAAUAUUUCUUUACUUUCCGAACUUCUGGAUGCAUGGGUAGUACAUUGCUUAAAACGAGGAGAAGGGAUCGCGAUAGGGCAAAUUAUAUGCAAACAUUUAUCAGUGAAUUAUGAUAUGGUUAAUUUCUUGUUCAAUGUGCGGCAACCAGACAUUACUUUUGGCUUAGGAGAAAUGGUAUGUGGAAGGACGACAAUUCCAAUUUUUCAGAACUUUACGAUAAAAAAGCGUCAAAUAUCGUUUGGUAAAACGCGUGAGGCUUGUCAACUUAUUGAACGUGUCGCUGUAUGCAUUAAACACAAUGAAGCUGUUUUACUGGUUGGUGAAACGGGUGUUGGUAAAACAUCAGCAAUACAAGCGAUUGCCUCUCAUCUUAAUGCAAAUCUUCGAGUAAUUAAUCUUAGUCAGCAAUCAGAAUCAAGCGAUCUUAUCGGAGGAUACAAACCGGUGUCAUUACUACUAGUUCUUCAACGAUUACGUGAAUGUUUUGAUGAUUUGUUUAGGAAAUCUUUCAACUGCAAGAAAAAUGGCAAAUUUUAUGAGCAUAUCGAUAAAUGUUUGUCAUCGAAUCGUUAUGAAGAUUACGUUUCGCUUAUUUUGGGUACGGCUAACAAAGCUAUUGCAAAAUUUCAUAAGGUUGAUCCAAAUGUAGAAAAAAAAUGGGCAGAUAUAUUCGUUCGUGCAUCGCGAUUUCAGAAAUCAUUGAAAAAUAGUGCACUGCCAUUCGCUUAUAUUUGCGGCAUUAUUACUGAGGCUGCAAAAAAUGGUGAUUGGCUUUUAAUCGAUGAAAUAAAUUUGGCACCAGUCGAAUGUUUGGAUGCAAUUGUCCAUGUCUUAGAUGAUGCAGAUAAACGUCAUCCUAACUUUCGUCUUUUUGCUUGCAUGAAUCCAGCUACUGAUGUUAUGAAGAAAAAUCUACCAAUCGGAAUCAGAUCUCGUUUUACUGAAAUAUUUGUGGCAGAGACAAUUGAUAUCGAACAGCUAAUGAUAAUUGCCAGUACCUAUUUACCUUCGCUAAAUAUCAAACAUCUUCUCUCUGUACUUCAAGUUCAUAUUGAUUUGCGUGCCAAAUUCCCUGGCAUUUACAGUUUACGAACACUUUGUCGUGCUCUUAUGUUUGCAUCUGAUAAUAUUUUUGGGAACGAUGAGCGAAAUGUAUUCGAAGCAGUAGCAAUGUCAUACAUGACAAAUCACAGUGUAGAAAAUCAAAAUAAAGUUGAGGCUAUUAUCAAAAGUUAUUUGAAAGCUCCUGAACAAAAAUUAAAAGCUGCAUGGUUACAGUCGGAUUUUAUACAGGUGCAAGGUUAUAACAUCAGAAUUGGUACUGAAAAGCCUCUGAAAGAUGAUGAUUUUAUAAUUACGCCAUCCGUUUCGAAAAAUUUGGCAUUGCUUGCUCGUAUCGUAUGUAGUGGUAGAUUUCCAGUUCUUCUAGAGGGAGAAACAUCUACAGGAAAAACAUCGAUGAUUAUUCAUUUAUCAAAAAUUACGGGUAAUGUGGUUUUUCGGAUAAAUAAUCAUGAGCACACUGAUCUUCAAGAAUAUAUUGGCUCUUACGUUCCUGAUGAAAAUGGCCGUCUAGUUUUUGUAGAAGGAGCCUUAUUAAAAGCAAUGCAAGCUGGACAUUGGGUCAUUUUGGAUGAAUUAAAUCUUGCUCCUGGUGAUGUUACUGAAGCAUUAAAUAGGGUUUGUAUUGAUUAUUCAUAA